GCUUCCAGCGCUGGGGUCCCGCCUGAGGGAGCGGGGGCCGUGGCCGUGCAGGGGGCUUUGCGGUCCUGCCCGUGGCCUCAUCUCCAGAGGCAACCGAAGCCGUCCUUUGGAGACGUCCCUGCUCCCUGGCGCUGGGGCUGGAAGGACUCCAGCCCAGGUUGCCCAGAGAGGUCGUGUGGUCUCUGUCCUUGGAGGUUUUCAAGACCCGACUGGCAUAAAGCCCUUACCGAUGGCACUGACCCUGAUUUGGGCAGGAAGGUGGACUGGAGACCUCCCGGGGUCCCUUUCCACCUGAAUUGUUGUAUGAUCAUGGUGACCCCAUGGGAAGUGGCUGCAGAGGAGAGGGAGCCAAGCGUGGGAGGAGAGGCAGCUGCAGAACAAGCCCAGGGGUGACCCCAGUGUUGGGGCACCGUGGCCGUGCUCUGGCUCCUCUGUGGCCACUAUCUCUGCCAGUCCUGUCCCCAAGGUCACGGCUCUCACAAGGGCCACAGAGCUGUUGCCUGGUUCUCCCAGGGUUGCGUGUGGGCGAUGGGUCCCCAUGCGAUGGAGCUCCCGAUUUCACCUGGCACAUCCCUGUGGUCCGUAACCCCUCUUCCCAGAAAAUCUGCCCCAGAACACUCAGACACGCUCUGACCUUGCCAGGCCCCAGGGACACUGUGGUGGCUCCUCGUGUAGCCUGGUCACACCUCUGCUCCCAAGAGAGCUCAGCUCUUGCGUUUCCCACCGCUUUGGUUCGUUACCCGCAGCUUCUGUCUCCAGCGUCCCGGCGUGGUGCAGACUGGCACCCCUGCUCUGGUCCAGCCGUACCUUGUGCCCAUCCCCUCCGAUGCCCAGGUCCCCGCCGUGGUCCCUAUCGACAGGACUCAUCCUGCCUUCUCCGUAGCUCCAUUAAUGAGCUGAGUGAUGUGUCCCUCUGGCCCCGGGUGCAUGAGCUGCUGUGCUCUUGAGCCUCCUCAUAGGCAGUUUUUGUUCAUUUGCAGGUCGCUGUGGGAGCUGGAUGUGUUGGGAUUUGUGGCGGUCCCAGGGAGCCAUGGCCGUGCUGAGUCCUCAGCGAUGAUUCCCCGCUGACAGGCUGAGCGGCGCUGACAGCGGCUGGAGAUGGUUCAGCUGUCACCUGUGGGGAGGAUGCUGUCCCUGAGGCCUAGGUAGGAGCAUGGCCAUGGGGGCUGUGCUGGGGCUGGCACCUCCCUGCUGCCCUCCGUAGCCCGACAGCUGCUGACGGGCCACCAUGGAGCGACCCACACGGGCCCCCGGGCCCCUCCGCCUCCUGGGCUUCUUUGGGCGGAAGCCACAGGCCGUCGAGGGGGAGAAGUCACUGGAGCCGGAGCCGGAAGAACCUGAGGAGACGCAGGUGGUGCUGCCCCUGGGUGAGGGUGAGGAGCUGGAGGAGUGUCCCCUCUGCCUCCUGCCCCAGCCCCCCGAGGCCUUCCCCAGCCUGGCCUCCUGCGCCCACCGCUCCUGCCGGGCCUGCCUGCAGCAGUACCUGCGCAUCGCCGUGGGCGAGAGCCGCGUGCCGGUGGCCUGCCCACACUGCCCCGCCGCCCUCCAGCCCGCCGACGUCCACCGCCUCCUGCCCGAGCCCGCCCUCCGCGACAAGUACGAGGAGUUCCUCCUGCGGCGGCUGCUGGUGGCCGACCCCGGCACCCGAUGGUGCCCCGCGCCCGACUGCAGUUACGCUGUCAUCGCCUACGGCUGCGCCGAGUGUCCCCGCCUCACCUGCGGGCGCGAGGGCUGUGGCACUGAGUUCUGCUACCACUGCCGGCAGCCCUGGCACCCCGAUGGCCCCUGUGCACCAGCCCCCAGCCUGGCCCAUUCCCCCGCACAGCAAGUCCAGCCCGAGGACUCGGCCCACGCUGAGGCUGAGGACAUCAAAGUCUGUCCCCGCUGCAGUGCCUUCAUCAUGAAGAUCAAUGACGGGAGCUGCAACCGCAUGAACUGCACGGUCUGCGGCUGCCUCUUCUGCUGGCUCUGCCUGCAGGAGAUCUCCGAUGUGCACUUCCUGAGCCCCUCUGGCUGCACCUUCUGGGGGAAGAGGCCUUGGUCACGGACCCGGAAGAUCCUGUGGCAGCUGGGCAUGGUGCUGGGGGCGCCCAUGGUGAUCUCCCUCGUUGCAGGCAUCGCUGUCCCUGUCAUUACCAUUGGGAUCCCCAUCUACAUGGGUAGGAAGGUGCUGGGCCAGAGCCGGAGGAGCAGCCUGUCAGGGUGUCAGCAGUGCCUCUCUGUCACCAGCAGCGUCCUCCUCUCUCUCUUUGUGUCCCCCAUCAUCACAGCUGUCACCGUGGGAGUCGGCGUGCCCCUGAUGCUCACCUACGUCUAUGGCGUGGUGGUGCUGUCGCUGUGUCGGAGCCGCUGGGGGUGUGGGGGCGGCCGCAGCCCGCCCGGGGAUCUUGGUGUGGUGGAGCUGGAGAACCUGACCAAGCUGAACGAGCUCUGGUCGGUGCUGCCCAGCCCCAGGGGGGGUGAGGACGGGGUCCCAGACACAACCACCUCCUUCCCCAGCAGCAGCCACAGCCCGCGGCACGGGGCAGUGUGGAGGGAGCAGGACAGCCAGUCAGCCAGCACAGUGGCCCUCGCGGGGAGCAUGCUGAGCGAGGGCCAGGACACGUCCUACAGGGAAGGCAUCAACAUCGAGGUGGAGGUGUCGAUCGAGGCCAUGCCGCAUCCCGGCCGGGAGCAGAGCCUGUGCAGCGUGCUGUCGGGGCAGAGUCUCUCUGGGGACUCCCUGACAGGCAGCAGCGACCCGUGCAGUGCCGUGGGCGUCCCUGCGGAGUGAGGGGACAUUGCAGCACUGAGACGGGGACCCUCAAUACACAGAGCCCCCAGCCUGGGCUCCCGCCUGCCAUGGACAUGAAAAUCCCAUGCCCUCCUGUGGCAGAGCUGCUCACCCUCUGUGGCCACCACCAGCCCCAGGAACAGGGUCCUGGCCAUCCCCAGGCCGGGUGGGCACUUACCGCGCUGAGCUCCAUCCGCCCUUUCCCUGAAGGCAGCCUUGAGCAUUGGCACCACCAGGAAAUAAAACUAUUCUCCAAGGGUC